AAGUGAAUGGGCAGAAGCGUUGGAAGCUUCAACGCACGCCGCUGUGUGGACGGGCCGUUAAUGUCUUAAGUCACUCAUAAAGGAAAAUUCCAUUUCCUUUAACACAUAAAUUAAUAAAGCUUUAAAAUCAGUUUGCAGGGCAGCAAGCAGGGAUGUGCUCUACAGUCUACAAUAAAGAAAGAGGGAAAUUCCCUCCACCAACAACAAUUUCCUGUAGCCAUACAUUUCCAUACAAUAAUAUUCCGACAUAGACAUUAUGGGCUAGGCUAGGCUGUGUUGUAUAAGCCUAGUUUUAAUCAAAAUGUUCUAAAUUAAAGGCACUAUAUGAGAGUAGAAUUUGAGUAUUAUCUUCAGAUUUGAUCCAACUCGUAUUCAUCAGUAAGCUCAUAGUAUUCUCAGUACAAAUAGGAUAUUGAUAUAUUACCUAUCAACUUGUAUCGAAUGCAUAUUUGACUUUCAGCUCUUUCUUUGUGUCCUAUUGAGAUCUUCACCAAAUAGAAAGGGGAAUUGUGUUCCAGUUGGCUGCUACAGAUUGUUAAACAUAUCCUUUUGACGCACCCAGGUCAGGAACACAACACAUAAAAUAGCUUUUAAAUCUGGCACUAUCUGGGCUUUUCAUUUCCGACUGAGUGAACACAUUGUGGUAGAGAAUUACUGAGUGACCAAUUUGGUUAGUUUACUUUCAUCAAACUGGAGUCCCCUUUCUGCACAAUGUGUGGCCUGGAGAACUUGAUCAGUUUAAUUCACACUUUGAAGUGCUGCAUUAUAGGCUAUUUCCUUCUCCAAUAGCAAAGGCCACAUGAAGUCAACCAUUGUGAACUUCUCAUGGCACCACAUGUUGUAGUUUUGUACAUCAUAACGAAGUAUUGAACACUUUAAACCUUCAUGGAAUCGCUCACCAUCCAAUAUUAGAUCCAUCCUCUUCCUCAUGGUGACCUUACGGUGUAGGUCGAUGCUGUCAUCUAAUCUGUUACCCGUGUGAUGGCAGAGAGCUGAGUUGUGUUGAACUGUGGAUAAACUGAUCCUCGAUCGUUGCCACCAGGCUACUUUCCCCCUCUCCCCCUCCUCUAUGUGACCUUGCUGCCUGUCCCUGUGUGGCAUUGCCUUACAGUGGCUCAGCGAUACACUCUCACACACACAUUGUCUUUGUGCAACGCAUUCUGUGCAUAUUUCCACAUAGGGAACACACAACAGACUCUCACUAAGGCCUGUCCCCACUACCCCACACACUAACACACACACUCAUACCAAUCGCAGAGAGUGCUUUGUGCAUUCACUGACUGACUGGGCAGCUACUGAAGAGAGAGAGAGGGACGCUGUGGGAGGAGGGAGAUGGAGACAGCAAGAGACAGAGGGAUUAGAAAGAGAAAGCAGACACAUAGAGAAGAAGAGGAGAUAAGAGUUGCAGUGGGACAUCCAGUAAACUUGUGGAAAGACAGAGUGAGCAGCACAGGAAAGGCAAUACAGGAAUAGGAAGGGAAACGGGGCUUGUCCAACUGAGAGGAAGAGAGCGAGUUGUUGUUGUAGAAGAAGCUGGGGGGGGACUGAUGGGAUGGCAUUGAUCUCUGGGAGCUGCUGCUGGCUCCUGGGCCAGAUGGCGUCUUGUUGCUGCAGACCGCUGCUCCACUCCUCUUGCUGUGGACCGUUCAUCAAAGUCUGCCUCUCCUCCUUCACAGGUCUGUCCCAGCCCGCUCUCUGUCUGCGCUACCACUGUACCGUCAUGACUUCUACAUUCAGAUAGCCAGGAGCAUAUAGCUCUUAGAAACAACAUGGGUAACACACCUAGCCAAGAAGACAUCUCUCCUGCUGAGCUGGAUGCUCUUUGGAGGGAACCACCAUAUACUCUUGGAGAAGCACAUGUACACUUCUCAGGAAAUGACAUCAUGACUCAAGGUGAGAAGGAGGACGGUCCAAUGGUGGAGUCAGGUGAAGGCGCAGGGGAGCCUGACAGCUACUGGAAGAAGAAAGAGGCAUUCUUCAGAGGAAGUACUGUGUCACUCGGAGAGAAAUUCUCCUCAGAAAUUGAACUGCUGUUCACUGGGAGGAGGCGCUCCAGCAUGGAUCCGGACCAGGCCCUACAGGAGGCGCUGCGCACCCGACUCCGAGUGGUGGAGAGCAACAGCCAGGAUGUGAUCCAGCUCUUUAAAGACUUGUCUGCACGGCUGGUGUCUGUCCAUGCUGAGAAGGACAGCUUCGUACUCACUUUCAAGACUGUGGAGGAAAUCUGGAAGUUUUCAACGUACCUAGCCUUAGGUUAUGUUGCUCGCUGCUUGGAGAACUUCCUGUGUGAUCAGUCCUUCUGGCUGGACCCAGAGCUGCUCAGUGACCUGCAGAUCAAUGUGACUGUGGACGAGGAACAUCUGGCCACACUCUACCUGGGACUGUUACUCCAGGAGGGUUCCUUCUUUGCAAAGGCGCUUUUUACAAGAACUGAUAUGGAUGAGGAUGACGAAGAGCAGCUGGCGUUCAAUAAGAAUGACUUGCUGAUGGUGAGGGACACGGGGCAGGACAACAUGUGGGAGGGCACAAAGCUCUCCACAGGAAACCACGGUCUGGUGCCGGUCAACUCCAUGCAACCACUGCCUUACCCCUUCUAUCAGUGGUUCCUGAGGAAGUACCCUGGCAACGCUGGAUACUCGCCAGCAGAAAAGGAACUAUUUGAACAUUCUAUAGUGACAGGCUCCUGUGAAGCGAUAGUCGACUACAGUCCGGUGGGCAUGGACGAGCUUCAGCUGAGUCAGGGGGACAUUGUGGAGAUCCAGGGUCUGUUGGUCCGAGGCCUGGCCGUGUUCAUAGCGACACACACGUCCACAGGUCACACCGGCUUCGUACACAAGGCCCAUGUGAAGCCUCUGGUCUCCAAACCACUAGACAGACGGUUGGUCUUUCUGACGGAGGAGGAGCGGGCCCGUCUGGCUCAGGUUAAGCCCUGCAGCUCUGAGCCGGGGGACAGCAGCCUGCUGGAAAGACUCUUCUCCACUGACAUCAGCUCUGUGUACAGGCUAGACAAACUGGAUGAAACGGACUUCACGUACAUUAGGAACCGACCAAAACAUGAUCAUAAGGUUUCUGCGGGCGCCCGUCAGAGCGUAAUGUCAGAGAAAAGUGGAGGAACGCCCCCGUACCAAUCCUCUCCUCGCGCCUCCCUCUCCCACUCCUCCCCUCGUCUGUCCAUCUAUCAGUCCCACAAUCCUCUGCCACGAGAGGGGGAGCGCCUGUCCUUCACUCUGGUCGACACGUUCAGAGAACUGGACGAGUACAGGGAAGACCCGCCUCUCUUCGUGGAGGAGAACAGCUGGGAGGGGGAGGACUCUGAGUUCAGUGACCCCACAUUGACCCUGCUCAACCACGAACACUUCCAGGAGGACUUCCUGCCUCUGUACGACCUGCAGUAUUCCUUCCUUUGGGUGACCUUUAGUGGUAAGACUGAGGACGAACUACCGGGUUACCUAGAGAGUGUCAGGGAGUGUGCCAAGAGGUUGGGCUUGCACUGGGCACAUCGACGGGCAUGCUUUCUCCUGGGAAGACUCUGUGCCAGGAAGCUGAAGUUCUCCCAGGCCCGUGUGUACUACGAGGAGGCUCUCAGUGUUCGAGUGGACAGUUUCUCAGACACACCGUUCCUUAUCGCACUCUUCACCAACCUCACCUCUGUCUACCUGAAGCAGCAUAUGACUGACAAACUGCCCCAGACUCUGGAGAAGGCCAGUGCCCUGCUCCUCUGUCUCCCCUGCCACACCUUCACCUCUACGGACGAAGCAGAACUUCUUCACCUGCUCUUGAGGAGAUCAGUGGUGAUGGGGGACAAACACCUGGAGGCUCGCGUUUGCUACCUCCUCUCUAGCCUCUUCCUAUUUCUCAGGAAGACUGACGAUGCCCUUCCCUUCGUUGAGCGACUCCAGUUUCUCUCUGUGACUCUUUCUACCACAGAGGGUCGUCCUAUAGCGCCUUUGGACCUCAACUGGCUCUUGAGUUGGCUCUAUAAUCGUAAAUACAUGCCUUACUUAGCGCUGGCUUCCCUGAGCCUGGACUCAAGACAAGACCACUCCCUUGGCGAUGCUUUCCAGAGGAUUGAGUUGUUUAUCAGGAACUCUGUUCGCCUGAACCCUUGCUGGAAGGAGGGGACUUCCCUGCUCCCUGCGCAGAUUGUGAUUUACCUCCAGCAGGCCCUGAUUAUUUCUGAGCAAGGGGAGGACCUGAAGACCCAGAGGGACCUGUGUCAGGGCUUGGCCACAGUUUACCAGCAGUAUGAUGCUCUUGAUAAAGCGGUGCGCUGUGCUCAACAAGCUGUGGAGACAGGAGGUCACAUCAAUGAGGAGGAGGGCUUUGAAGCCUCCGUGAUGCUUGGGUGGUUGUUGGUGUUGACGGGCCAGGCUGAGAAGGCCCAGAAUGUCCUACAGCCCCUGCUCACAUCCCUCCAGGGUACAGACAGUCCCACGCAGCAAGGAGUGAUCCACAACCUCUUGGCUUUGUGUCUGAGGCGGCAGGAUCGCAUCCCAGAGGCAGGCUGGCAUCUCUACUCUGCAUUGGUCAUCUCAAGAGAAAGUGGAAACCAGAGGAACCAGGCGCUGGCACUGGCCAACCUGGGCUGCCUGGCACUGGAUGUAGGGGCAUCUUUGGUGGCGGAACGCUUCUUGGUCAGAUCCUUGCGUCUUUUUCUGGAGCUUUGGGAAAGCCCCACAGACGAGGAGCAUGUUCAGACCUACCUUUGGCUGGGGCGGAGCUACAGAGACAGGAAGAAGAGUCAGGACAGCAGGGCGUGUUAUGAAAUGGGGCUACUAAUUGCACUUCAUGCCAGAAACGUACACAGUCAGAUGGUGGUGGCCAAGGUGCUGAGUCGGCUGUACGCUGACAUGCUGCUGUACGGCCAGAGUAUCGUCUACUAUGAGCACUGUGUGUUGGUCUCCAGAGAGCUGAAGGAAAAGAGACUAGAGGGGGAGUAUCUGGAAAUCCUCAGCAGCCUCUACCUCUCCCUCAACACUGAAAGAUCAUCACGUAAAUCCCUGGACUGCACCAAGCAGAGCCUGAGGAUUUCUAUUGAUUUGGGCAAGAGAGAGGAAGAGUCAGAGACCUGGCUGCAGGUGGGACGCAUCUAUUAUCUCAUCCACGAGGACGAGCUCGCUGAUAUGUACCUGCAGGCAGCAGUGAAGACAGCCCUGAGGAUGAAUGAUUAUCACUUUGCCAUGAGCAUCUACGAGGAGGCAGGAGACGUCUACUUUAAAGGCACCAGGAACAGAUUGGCUUCACUGCCUUUCUACAGGGAUGGCGGCCUGCCCUUUGCACGCAGCAUUAAGGACAUCCACUCAGAGUUCCGUUUGUUGAGUAAACUCACAGAGCUGUUAAUGAACCAGGGCGAGCAGGAGGAGGCUCUGCAGUACGCUACGCUGGCUGUGGAGGUCGCCAGCAAAACAGGUGUGCAUCUGCAUGAGAGGACAGCCUACCACCGGCUGGCUACAGUCUACUACAGCCUGCAGCAGUAUGAGAUGGCAGAAAACUACUACCUCAAGUCCCUGUCCUUCUGUCCGCCCGUCAUGCAGGACCCUAAGGAGGCUCGCUACUUUACAAAUAUUUACUGCAGACUUGGCAAUCUGACACUACACAAACUGAAGGAUUCUUUUGACGCGGUGGGCUACUUCCAGUUGGCUCUGGCGGCGGCGCUGGAGGACCAAGCUAACCCCGAGGCUCUGUAUGUGGUGUACAUGAAGCUGGCCGAGAUCCACUGCAACCACAUGCCCGACGCUCAGCUGUGCCAAGUUUACAGAGACAGAGCACAGAGUCUGAAGAGAGUUCUGGCAGGAGAGGACGGCGCUGCUGAGAAAAACAUGGAGGAUGCAGAGACGCAGUCUGGUAGACAGAACGAAGAAGAGGCCAAUGCUGAUAAGGAACGUACAGAAAGUUCUGUGAAGAGAAACAGCAUUAUCAUGUCUACACCGGAAAAAUGUGAAGAUAACUCCUUUCCAAGAACUUGUACAAUCCAUGGAGACACAGAGGAUAGAUGUUCAGACACUAAUGGGAAAAUAGAACACAGCAUUGAUUCGGGAAGCCUUUUAAUGAAUGCCUUCGGGUCUGAGACAGAAACCAUCGGCAGUCAGUCGUACAGUGACAGUAUUCUUACGGAGUCCUUUGAUACAGCAAAGGAGCAGAUCUCAGACUCCAGCAGCUCCACUGACACUUUACAAACUAACAGGAAUCAAACAGACGAGAGGGACUUUGAUACUGAUCACUUCAUGCCUAGCCAAACACCUGAAGAUCCAACAAGUGACAUCACAACACACAUAAACGCACAAAACACAGAUUCUGAUAUUCAGAAUGAAAAAAACACAACCGCUAAGGAAACAGAUGUGCAUGCAGAAAAAUAUGUCAGUGUUGAGGAUAAUUGGUGUGAUACUGACUGAUAAAGAUGUAAGCAUGUAUGACUGCACAGAGAUAUAAGUGUGGGACUGACUGAGAUGAUGUCUGCACACAGUCACUUAAUGUUCUUUACUGAUAUUUCCUCCGUCUGGUCACAUUUCUCUUGACCAGCAUGACUGCAACGUUCCAGUCACAUGGCACUUAUUGUAGGAAAGAUGAUGUGAUUACUGUUAAGUGUUCAGACAUUCAGUGACUCUAAAGCAUGUGCCUUUUGUAAAAUAUAUUCUGUGGUUAUUAUUGUGCUUGUAAUAUACGUUUUCUAAAUGUAUGAUUUUGUAUCUCUGGAAGAUAUGACUGAAACAAAGAGUGAUGUUUUGUUUGCUGCAUGUUUAUCUGGGCUUUUGUUGCAUCAAAUAUGGCAGACAUACGGUGGCUUUAAGGAGCAAAGCACAACAACAUGAGGCAAAGCACAUGAAUAAAUCACAACACACAAUAAAUACUAUUCAGAAAAAAGC